GACGAUUCCAUGGCAUGAUAGUUUGUCAAAUUGCCCCGCGCAGCAGCAGCCCCCUAGCUGGAGAGAUGUGUGAAAUUCCCUCGUCGUAGACAGAUAGUAGCAGUAAUUACAUUUGACACUUCCUUUUACAUGAGAGACGAGGAAGCCACCUCAUCACACCAGGCCAGAUCUUAAUAGUUUUGACGAGUUCUGUCCAUGAACCAUCGUUGCUUAAGCUUGCGAGGGUCCCACAGGUUCGUUUCCCCCUUCCGUCGAAACUGAAGGAACGAACGAUGAACGACCAUGGUCACAGGAACCCCAAAAUGCGGAUGGCAGACAUAUCGGAGAUGCGCUUGAGCGAGGAGACCUUUUCCUUUCUAUUAUUUCUGGCAGAACCUUCGCGGGCGGGCGGGCAGCCGCUUUCUAAAUUGGACAUAUCACAAUCAUCCCCCAGAAGUAAGUCAAGAUUGUCAGUCAGUCAGUCAGUCACCAAGAAGAGUCUGAUCUCUGGGUGUGUUGUUGUGAUGAUGAGCUCAUUCAUUCACGACAUCACAUUAUCUCUCACCGGAUGGGAUGGGAUUGCCCGACCUGCCCAGCCCCAAUGCUCCCUUUGUCUUCCUUUAAAAGAAAUCAGCUGUAAUUAAUACCGGUGGUAAACUAUUGCUUAGAUGAGGAAGUCGGAUAUUAUAGGAGGAAGAGGGUAGCCGAGCCCUGGCCUGACCUGACCUGACCUGUAGUGUAUUGCCAAAAGCUGCUGUUGGUGAUCCAGAGAGCUGGUGCAUGCAUGCCCCAGAUCGAAGCACUCGAGGCAAGGCAAGGCAAACGACUUUUUUCCUCACCUGAUUUGAAACAUACCUGAUGGAAAUUACAUUUGAUGAAGAACUCAUGGGGGUAGAGAUCUGUAAAGACCGUGGUCAGCCAUUGUCCAUGCUACCUAUUCAUCACAAGUUCUAUAUUCUGCUCACUUUUCACCUACCGGUACAUGGCUGCCUCGCCUGCCCAGGUCGGAUCGGGUAGGCUUCAUAUGUGGUCACAGUUCGGAUCUUUCAUGGACGAAUGAAUUAGCGAACUUGCCCAUGGUUUCCUUUUCCUACCGAAAGUAAUCCUUCUUUCGAUUAUUCCACAUUUUCUGUUCGUAGGAUUUACUGCUAUUGAAUUGACGAUUUGGGAGAAUUGCGCGGAAGAAGAAGCAUUUGGUAGGGCCAUUUGUCCAUAGAGAACUUAGAAUUUCUGUUGGUCGGUGGAAGGCGGACAAGUGGACCUGCCUUUCUUAGCUUUGUAGAUGCAAUUGAUCCAAUCGUUUACAGCUGUAAUGAUGACUGAAGCAGCUGAUGAAAUUACGCUACUGCUCUUGCUCAAACAUUCAGCGGUGCGGUGGGCAGAUUGCUUAUGAUUUCAGUUUCAGUUACGCUAUAUGCUUAUCUGGAGGCCUUGUCCUUCGACUGAAGUGAAGACUCUCAGCAGCUAAGGUCAGCUCGGAGGUUGAACGUCAGAAGAAGAAAUGUACUUAAUUUAUACAGCUCAAUUCAACGUAUGAGCAAGGUGUAAAGUCUGCCGAAGUGAUACUUCCUCUUUGUUUGUGGUAGGAUGACAAGACUGCAUACUUUUCUUAUCGUCACCGGCGGCUAGUGCAAUUCAGGUGGCGAAGGAAGAUAAUGAUUGGAGAAAAUCCAGAGGAUUAGAUUCUUUAGUGUAGAGGGGGGGUGAUCUUUGAAGUUUGACUACAAGUGUGUUAGCAAGGUUUGCCGUGUUAGGUUUUAGAUUGCUAAUGAAUCGGAAUUGGAUCUUCUGAUCCAGAAUGGAAGAUUAGAUCCCAAAAGGCUUUUUGUCUAAUGUUACGAAGAGGUGCGAUGGAGUGAAGAUUCAGGUACGCAGGUGACCAG